AUGUCGACUCGUGGUCGUUACGGUGGUAGUGGUCGCGGCGGUGGCCGUGGCGCUGGAGGUCGUAGUUCUGACGAGAGACCGGAGCAGACCUCCGGUGGCCGCGGAGUUGCUGUUUCCGGUGGGAGAGGUCGCGGAAACGCCGGACGGGGAAGCUCUUCAUCUCCUCCGCCGUCAGAUGUUGUUUCCGGUGUUUCUAAGGAGAUCGGAGCGAAAGUUGUAGCCGCGGACGUUGCUUCGUCUUCGGCGGCGUCCGUACAGGAGAAAACGACGAAAGUCCCGGAGUCUGACCCUAGUUUGACUCUCAGUCAAAGCUUAGCAGAGAAAGUCCAGAUUUCUCCGGCGACGACUCUUCCACCGGCUUCCUCGAAGGCGGUGAAGCAUCCGGUCCGACCAGGGUUUGGUAAAGCCGGGACGAAAACCAUGAUUCGAGCGAAUCACUUCCUCGUCCAAGUUGCUGAUAGAGAUCUCUACCACUACGAUGUUGCAAUCAGCCCAGAGGUGAUAUCGAAGAAAGUUAACAGAGCCGUGAUGAAAACUCUGGUGUCCACCUAUGGAGCAUCGCACUUGGGAAAGAGGACUCCUGCGUACGAUGGCCGGAAGAGUCUCUUCACAGCUGGUCCUCUCCCUUUUGAAACCAAAGAGUUUGUUGUGGAUCUGAAGGACAAAAAAGAUGCUGCUUCUUCUUCUAGGAAGGAGAGGCUGUUUAAAGUUGCGAUAAAGCUGGCGUCAAGGCCUGAUUUGUUCCAGUUACAACAGUUCCUCCAAAGGAGAACAAGAGAGGCUCCCUAUGAAACCAUCCAAGUUCUUGACGUUGUUCUCAGAGAUCAGCCAUCGCAAGACUAUGUUACUAUUGGAAGGUCUUUCUUCGACCCUAGAUUGGGAAAGAGGGGUGAGCUUGGUGAUGGUAUUGAGUACUGGAGCGGUUAUUUCCAGAGCCUUAGGCUUACUCAAAUGGGAUUGUCACUGAACAUUGAUGUUUCCGCUAGAUCCUUCUACGAACCAAUUCUCGUUACUGACUUUAUCAGCAAAUUCAUGAAAUUGAGGGACUUCACUAGACCACUGAGGGAUUCUGAUCGCGUCAAGGUGAAGAGAGUUUUGAAGAACCUCAAGAUACAUUUGGCACAGUUUAACUACGAAAGAAGUGCCAAGAUCUCUGGGAUUUCCAACUGUCCUAUCAGCCAAUUACGAUUCACGUUAGAGGACAAUACCCAGAAGACGGUUUUACAAUACUUUGUUGACAAGUAUAACUAUAGGGUGAAAUAUCCCGCACUACCUGCUAUCCAAACAGGGAGUGACUCGAAGCCUGCUUAUUUACCGAUGGAACUAUGUAGAAUUGCUGAAGGCCAGAGGUACACCAAAAGGCUAAAUGAGACGCAAGUGACUGCGAUGCUAAAAGCUACCUGCCAACGACCUCCAGAGAGAGAGGCAUUGAUCAAAAAGAUGGUCCAGGGUAAUAAAUUUAACGAGAGCGAGCUUGUGAGCAAGGAGUUUGGGAUGUCUGUGACAGAUCGUCUAACCUCAGUUGAGGCUCGCGUUCUUCCUCCUCCUAUGUUGAAAUACCAUGACAGUGGUAGAGAAAAAAUGGUGAAUCCACGGCUAGGACAGUGGAACAUGAUUGACAAGAAAAUGGUUAAUGGAGCAAGGGUUACUUAUUGGACUUGUGUGAGCUUCUCCACGAGGAUUGAUCGCGGUUUACCUGAGGAGUUCUGCAGACAGUUGACUGAUAUGUGUGUCAGCAAAGGAAUGCAAGUUAAUCCGAAACCUGCUAUUCCUUUCAUCUCUUGUUCGCCUCAAAAUAUCGAGGAAGCACUUAGAGAUAUUCACCAAAGGGCACCUAAUCUCGAAAUGUUGAUUGUGAUAUUGCCUGAUGUCACUGGAUCUUAUGGAAAGAUCAAAAGGAUAUGUGAAACGGAGCUAGGGAUUGUCUCCCAGUGCUGUCAACCAAAAAAUGUUUGUAAACUCAGCAAGCAGUACAUGGAGAACGUCGCUCUGAAGAUGAAUGUCAAGACUGGAGGACGCAAUACAGUUCUUGAUGAUGCAAUCAGAAGAAGAAUUCCCCUGAUUACUGAUCGCGAGACCAUAAUCAUGGGUGCUGACGUGACUCACCCACAACCUGGAGAGGACUCUAGUCCUUCUAUUGCUGCUGUGGUUGCCUCUAUGGACUGGCCUGAGAUAACCAAAUACAGAGGACUGGUUUCUGCUCAGGCUCAUAGGGAAGAAAUCAUCCAGGACCUGUAUACGCUGGUGCAGGAUCCAGAGCGAGGCUUAGUCCACUCUGGUUUGAUAAGGGAUGGAGUGAGCGAAGGACAGUUCAGUCAGGUUCUGCUCCAUGAGGUGAUCGCAAUCCGCAAGGCGUGUGCCUCUCUCCAAGCGGGUUAUCAGCCGCGUAUCACUUUCGUGAUCGUCCAGAAACGUCAUCACACUCGGUUUUUCCCUGCUCAACAUGGCGAUCGUCACACUACCGAUAAAAGUGGCAACAUCCUUCCAGGUACCGUCGUUGACACCAGCAUCUGUCACCCGAGUGAGUUCGAUUUCUACUUGAACAGCCACGCUGGCAUACAGGGAACAAGCAGGCCUGCACAUUACCAUGUGCUUCAUGACGAGAACGGUUUCUCUGCUGAUGCAUUGCAGAUGCUCACCAACAGUCUUUGCUACACGUUUGCGAGGUGCACCAGGUCUGUCUCAAUUGUGCCACCAGCUUACUAUGCGCACUUGGCUGCAUUCAGAGCUCGUUACUACAUGGAGAGUGACAUAUCUGAUGGUGGUUCGAGCAAGAGCAAGAACACAACGACCAGCGCUGCAGGAGUUGUUAAUCAUCAUCUUCCAGCAGUCAAAGAUAACGUCAAGGAGGUUAUGUUCUAUUGCUGA